AUGGUUGACAAUACUUCAGAUGAGACAUUCAUCACACUAGAUCUCGCCGGUAAUGAAAUUGGACCUCUUGGGGCACAACAUCUGGCUGAUGCAUUACGACAUAACACGACACUCACGACACUCAAUCUCCAGCACAAUGAAAUCGGAGAGAAAGGUGCACAACAUCUGGCUGAUGCCCUACGAAAUAAUACGACACUUACCACACUCAAUCUCCAAUACAAUGAAAUUGGAGACAAAGGAGCACAACAUCUGGCUGACGCAUUGCGAAAUAGCACGACACUCUCCACAUUAAAUCUAUCCUGGAAUCAAAUCGGAGCUCUUGGAGCACAACAUCUUGCUGAUGCUUUAUGUCAUAGCACGACACUUACGAGACUAGAUCUCUCCUAUAAUCCAAUCAGAGCUCUUGGAGCACAACAUCUUGCUGAUGCUUUACGACAUAAUACGACACUCACUACGCUAGAUCUUCAAAUCAAUCAAAUCGGAUCUCUUGGAGCACAAGAUCUGGCUGAUGCAUUAGAAAAUAAUAUGACACUCACCACACUGGAUCUCCAACUCAAUCAAAUUGGAGAUGUCGGAGCAGAACAUCUGGCCAAUGCAUUACGAAAUAACACGACACUUACCGCACUACAUCUCUCCUACAAUGAAAUCGGAGGCAAAGGAGCACAACAUCUGGCUGAUGCGUUGCAAAAUAACACAACACUCACCACAUUAAAUCUCUCUUCCAAUCAAAUCAGAGAAAUAGGAGCACAACAUCUAGCUGAUGUAUUACGACAUAACACGACACUCACAACACUCGAUCUCCAACACAAUGAAAUUGGAGAGAAAGGAGCACAACAACUGGCUGAUGCAUUACGAAAUAACACAACACUCACUACACUAGAUCUCAACCAAAAUCAAAUCGGAGACAAAGGAACACAACACUUGGCUGAUGCAUUACGAAAUAACAUGACACUCACCACACUCGAUCUCCACCAAAAUCAAAUCGGAGACAAAGGAGCACAACACUUGGCUGAUGCAUUACGAAAUAACACAACACUCACCACACUAGAUCUCCAACUCAAUCAAAUCGGACAUAAACUGGACAACGGUUUGAAGGAACUGAUUGAACGAAAUAUAAAAAACCAAGAAAAUUUGGUGCAUUCAUUUUGA